GAGGAUCAUGGGAGAGAGACUGCCAGGGUGGAAUGAGGCGAAUUGCUCUUCACAGGAGCAGGGGUUCACUCAGAAAAAGAGGAAGGAAGGGGGAGGGAGACGAAGGAGGGAAGGAAGAAGACGAGAGAAAGAGGGAAGAAGCUGCAGACCUGCAGAAAGAGGGAACGGUGCACAGAGGGGAGAAAGGAGCAGAGAUGAGAAGAGGAAUGUGACAGUGACGGAAAUAAAAGGUAGAGGGGGGAACCGAGAAGGAAGAAAAUUGGACAUUCCGAGAAAAGGAGGAACGAAAGAGCAAACAAGAUUUUAAAAGUCAAGGAGGGCAAAUCGGUGUCAAAGAAGGAAACCAAAGAAUCACCUGGAGAGGAAGGGCGCCUCACUUAAGCUGAAGCAACAAGCAACAUAAAGAACAACAACUAAUAAUAAUAAUAUAAUUCUGGAGAAAUUGGGAGAGGAGCCAUUGAAAUAUAGGAAGGCAAGGAACGAGUGCAUUGGGGCCGCUAGCAGACCCGGAAAACACAGAGGAGAGAAGUCACGGAAUUUCAGAUUUCCACUUGGCGCCAUGUCCCAGGGAGGGUAUUUUGAGGGCAGUGAGCAGCGGCAAUACCAGGCCCUGGAGAUGCCCCCCGCCAGGCCCAGUGGCACGGACCUGGGCCCCCUCUGUGAGUCGGAGCUGGCCUCCUACAUUGGAGACGAGCAGCUGCUCUCGGAGCUGCUGCAGGGGGCUGGGCAGAGGGGGCCCAAGCCAAGCACCCCCUUCUCCAAUUUCUUCCCUGGGGAGCCAUACCCCUACUUGUCUUACGGAGGGGAGCGCAAGGUCCUCGGUCCCUUUGACCCGCGGCCGGUCGCUGUCAAGGAGGAGCCACGAGGAGGCGAGGCCGGUCGCGCAGGCGGGCGCCACCCAUACAACCCCAUGCACUUCUCGCCAGCCCACUGCGCCCAGGUGGCCCUCGCUCAGCCUGGCAUGCGGGCCGGACAAGCACUGAGAGUCCUCAAGGGCCCUCCUUGCAGCCCGUCCCCGCCCUGCACCCCCAAGGGGAAGAAAUCGGUCAACAAAGACAGCCUGGAGUACCGGCUACGCCGCGAGCGCAACAACAUCGCCGUGCGCAAGAGCCGCGACAAGGCCAAGCGCCGGGUGCUGGAGACGCAGCAGCGCAUGGUGGAGCUCCUGGGCGAGAACGAGAGGCUGCGCAGCCGGGUGGAGCAGCUGGUGCAGGAGACAGAGACCCUCCGUGACAUUUUCCGCCAGAUGCCUGAGGCGGCCGGGCUUAUCAAAGGGCUUGGGGGCUGCAGCUGAAGCCGGCCGGGUGGGGUGGGGAGCGAGGAAGGAGGUGGCGGCACUUAAAAUCAAGAGGG